ACACACACACACACACACACAUGACGCAGCCAAUCUUCACCACCCAGACUGCGGACGAGGCCUUUCGGGAAUCGUCCGCCCCGCCGUCGCCCUCGCACGUCCCUCCGGAGGACGGGUCCUCCGGGUCGAACAAGCACCUCUUUGUCCUGUCACACGGCUUCUGCGGCAUUCCCAGCAACAUGACCUACCUAUACACGCGCCUGAUGAAGUAUGGCCGGUCGAAUGUGGUCGUCCUGAACGCCACCUCCAAUACCGGCUUUCUGACUAUGGACGGGAUUGACAUCUGUGGUGAGCGUCUGGUCGAGGAGAUCCUCGAUUGCAUCCAGACUCACCGCGACACCGGGAUCAGCAUCAACCGGAUCUCCUUUGUCGGCUACUCCAUGGGUGGUCUGAUCACCCGGUACGCCAUCGGGUCCCUCCUGGCCCGGGGCUUCUUCCAGACGGUGGCGCCGAUCAACUUCGUGACCUUCGCAACGCCGCACCUGGGUGUUGGUCGGCUGCCGAGCCUGGCCUCCUCGGGGGUCUGGUUCCGCCGGCUGCGCAAUAGCAUGUCCGAUGUGGUUGGCGGUCGUGCUGCCAAGCAGAUGUUCCUUCUGGAUGGCACCACCGAGGAUGACCCGCUUCUCUUCCGCAUGACGCUUCCGGGGAGCUCCUUCAUGGAGGCACUGCGGCUUUUCCAGCGUCGCGCACUCUAUGCCAAUGGCCGCGGUGACCGCCUGGUGUCCUACUCCUCGGCGGCCAUUCACAUCCCCAAUUGCAACCACGAGACACCAAACCCCUACCGCCAGGAUCAGAGCUACUUCGGCCAGGGCUCGCUCGAGUCCUUCCCCCACGUUGUGCGUGUGUACGACUCCAACUCGCCGCUGAAUGUGGCCCCUUGCCGAGGGUCGGCUGCCGGGGCUGCGAUAGCCGACGCCGACGCCGACGCCGACGCUCGGCAUCCUGCUCCCUCUUCUCGGCGGCCCCCUCCGGCCGCGGGCAACCCGACCGAUGAGGACCACCCGGCCUCCGAAAUCACCUUCCUGGACUACUCGCCCCCGCGGUCCAGCAGUGUGGCGGCCAUCGCCGUACCGGUGUCCAUCUUCCUGCUGAUGAGCCCGGUCUUCCUGCCGACCUUCCUGGGGAUGUUGGUUUUCUUCUCGGCCAUGUCGCACGCGCGCUUGACCUUCCAGCUGGAGGCGCCGCCGAGCGACUGGCCGCCGACCGUCCUGCCAGCCUCAUCGGCCGAGGCCCUGGCCGACUGCGAGUCCCGGGAGUCGGUCGCGUCGACCCCCUCGACGCCCCUGUCACCGAGCACCGGGCCCGAGGAAAGCCAGCCCCACCGCAAGUCGUCGACCCAGGGGCACAUGCCGGCCGAAAGGCCCGCGUGCAUUGUCACGCACAUCCGAGUCCCGCUGGCCCUUUCGGACGGGCGGCUGAAUGGGCUGCUGUGUGAGAGCUGCAUCCGGGAGCAUGGAGCCGCCUUUGCGCGGGUGGUCGAGUACCAACACCAGCGCCAGCGCCAGUUGUCUGGUGGCGCGGAUGAGGGGCCCCAGCCACAGCGCCUGGCCGGGGGGAUGGUCAACAUCCGGCCCUUCAUGGCCCUGUCGCUGAAUGACUGUCUCUGGACCAAGCACGAUGUGCUGAUCCCGGCGCCGCUGAAUACCCACGGCCCGAUCAUCAACCGGGCCUACUUGGAAGGGGAUGACCUGUUCUUUGAUGACAUGGAAUCCGAGCACUUUGUCAUGGCGGCCGGGCCGGGUGCCAGCGACGCCGAGCUCGAUAUGCCGCUGCUGGUGGCCGACUCGGCGGCCACAGCAGAGUCCGAGCAUCUUGACACAGUGGACCCGGCCGGUCCGGCGGCCAAAGGCACCCACCACCCCCCAGGUCGCCAGGUUCAGUCGGAGGCGGAUUUGCGCCGGCCACGUCGCGGCUCGGCCUCGCGUGAGGCGGACCUGGGCGGGACGCAAUCAGGCGCCCUGGCAUCGUCGGAGGAGGGGGACUCGCGCUCAUCGUCGUCCUCCUCCUCCUGGUGGCGCGUGCGCCGGUCGGACACUGGGUCCACCGAUGCCCGGCGGUCGCAAUCGCAGCAACUCGAGCGCCGUCCGGCCGACGAUUCCUCCAGCACGCCAUAUCCCUCUUGGCUGUAUCGCGUGCGCCGGCGCGUCGCGGCCUACUCGGCGCGAGACAUUGUCUCGCAUGGCGUCCAGCAAAUGUCCUUCUGAUGUGCGCGAUCGAGCGUGUGUAUAUAUAUAUGAAUCUAUGUGUGCGGUGUCCUGUGUCUGUGCGAGCAUAUCGGCGUGCGAGCAUGCUUACAGGUGAGGGUUUCUCGAGGGGUGUGCGGAUACGUGUGUGUGUGUGUGUGUGCGUGCGCACGUCUAUUUGCGUAAUUUCACAUCGGCCGCUUUUCAAUCGGCGCGUUGCCCUGGAUGGGAUAUUGGCCGGAGACCGAGCGGCUGUGGUGGAUGCCCCCAGGAUGCUGACUGCAGCACGGCGGAGAGGGUGCCGCGAGGCAUGGCGAAGAGGAUAGAGGAGGGAGUAGGAUUACAGGAUCCGGGAGGUCAUGUGGGAGGCGUACACGCAUUCCGGAACUAGCAGUCAGGAGGGGGUGUAUAUGACUGUGUGUAUGUGAGAGAGAGAGAAAGAAAGAGA